AUGAACAUCAGCAUCCCAUCGCCUGAAGGAUCUGGCUUACCCGACAUCGACUAUUACGACUCUAUCCACCUUGCUGAGUCGCUCGGCACUUACGCAUUCCCCUCGUCGCCGACUCAGUGCGAAUAUUCUGCGGCUCCCAUCACACCCUCCACCGAUUGGCCGCUGACCCCACAAACGCCAAGCUUCAAAACGUUCGACACGCCCGGUCAUGAUAAUCACAGCCAGUACAUGUCCAGCGGUUACGACCACUUUGUGACGGCUCCGGCAGCCGACUUCAAAGUGCUGGAGUCUCCGACAGCCGCCUUCGACUCCAACUCGGGCAUCAUAACACCGCCCACGUGCGGCAGUAUUCCUCCGUCACCCAUGAUCGAGCAAGGAAUGUUUGAUUACAACUACAGCAUAUGCUACAACAUGGACUCGCUCCAUUCCUACUCGAACGUCGUCGCCCAAGCCACUGCCAGUGGCCUGUCGAGGGGUCUAGACUGCGUCGCCAAGCCGCCGAUGGCAAUGGAGGAGUGGGUAAGUCCUCACAUCACAUUGCUGCUUGAUCUUCGGUAUCUUCUCCUGCCCAUAAGAGUGAGUACUGAGCUGAUCAUUUUGUCCACCACUGCGAAACAGAUCGAACCCACCUUUGCGGCCCCUGCGCCCACACAUGCCACGAUAUCGCAAAAGCGGUCGCGAACGUCACCCUUCUUCCCCUAUCGACGCCUCAGCAACCCGUCGAACCAAUCACCAGCCAAGCCUUGUGUCUUCGAAACGGAUGACAACAUGGCCUUCACACGCUCGGCACCUUCGCUGCCCUCAUCACCCUCCCUUCCACAUCUGCCACUGGCGAUAUCUACUUCUCGAUUGGUCCUGAAGCCGUUCGUCGCGAGCCGCCAACGGGCCGCGAACGGCCCUAUUACCUUGAGUCGGCCGGGAACACAUAUGGCCGGUGAAGUUCUCGACGAUCGAAGACUACAAUGGACGGAUACGUUCGAAGGUUCCUCGCGAGGUCCCAAGACCCGAGCCCCGAGGAGACGCAAGGUCAAACCCACCUCCACCGCCCCCGCACUCCAGAGCUCCUGUGCCGCUGUGCCAUUCCCCUCGGUCCUGCUUCCGGUGCCGCCACCGGAGAGGAUCGAGAAGCCCAUGACGUUGCAUACCGAGUACGUCCCGCUCUCACCACCCGAGUCACCGGUACUACCAAAUGCGAGCAUCAUCGGUCGAACACCACCCAUUCCAUCCAUGACGUUCCAAGACGAAACGGCUUCGGUCGUCGGCGCCGCUCGCGCUCGGAAGCAUCGCCCAGCCCAAAUCCAGAUCCCAGCCCAGCCUGCGACGAAGAUUUGCGUGCUAUCCCCAAAUAGUAUGAGAUCGAGGCGCCCUAUCGCCCCCUGCUUGUGUCCCAUCUUUUGUAGCUGGUCUAGAGACCGUUUCCCCGUGA